AUGCCUCAACUCGUCUGGCUAGUAACAGCCACAACUUCCGGCCUUGGUGCUGCUGUAGUACAGAACCUCACUGCAAGGGGAGACCGUGUCAUCGCAACAGGACGCGGAGCGACAAAGCGCCUCACUCAUCUCCAGUCAGACGACGUGUAUCUUCUUGACCUUGAUGUUACAGCACCGCGGGCACAAAUCGAUGAGCAAAUACAGAAAGCCUGGGAUGUCUGGGGACAUAUCGAUGUUUUAUUGAACAACGCUGGCAUUUCGGCACCCAAAAGCAUCGAGGAGGCUGAUGAUGACUUCGUGCGGAAUGUCUUUGAUGUGAACCUAUUUGGCACACUACACGUCACCCAGUCUAUCCUGCCUCACUUUAGAGCCCGCCAGAGUGGCACUGUUGCCUUCAUCGGUGCUGGCGUAGGCUGGGGCCCUCUGCCAUUCCUUGCUCAUUACGCUGCUUCAAAAGCUGCUCUGGGUGCUUUUGUUGAGGGCUUAGCCAAAGAAGUCAGAAGGUUCAACAUUCGCUGCAUCAUCUUCGAGCCAGGUGGUUUCCCAUCUCAGCUUGGCCAACCCCGGGAGGGAUCAGUGGAAGGGUUCGGAAAAUACAAGCCAGCUAUUGAGGCGUACGCCCCUGCUUUUGAGGAGAUGAUGGAUGUGUUCAUAUCUGACAUAGGACCUAACGUCCCAGGAGAUAUCAGCAAACUCUCGGAGCGUAUCGUGGACUGUGUCAAAGCUGAGGGCAUCGCCUCUGGAAGACCAGAGCCAGUUAGGGUUAUUCUAGGCAGCGAUGCGCUCAGGUUGAUCGAACAGAAGUGUAAGGAACAACUUGAACUUUGCAGCAACUGGGAGGAUGUCAGUCUUAGCACAGAUCGCGAUGGACAUGACCACGUGGCAAGUAAAGGGAUGUUGCGUUUCUCAUCUAUUCUUUAG